AUGUCUUUCAUAUCCUGGAUCCCCUACACCCUCCCAUUCGUUGGCCUCAUCGUUUGUCUUGUAUUCGCUGAACGUGAUCGCGGACGAAUGCUGAACUCCAUACCCCUGCAAACCGGUCUGCCGCCACAAACCGACGACGAGAAACAGUAUGACAUGAUGGUAUCGCGGGUCAUACGUGACGUGAUGCGACCGACCGCUGAGCAGAGCACAACGGCGAUUCAACAUGAUGGGGGUGCUGGCUCGCUGUUCACAGGUGUAGACGACAUAACUUUAGUCAAUGGGGGUAGGGAUGAGGAAUUUGACGUUCCAAACCAAGACGAUGAGGGGAGUGUACAGAUGCUAGAUACCGAGUCUGAAGCAGAAGUGGAGUUCUUUGAUGCGGUAGAGCAUCAAGAGGACUAUGAGAUGGUCAUCUUGAAUGGGGAUCAGACAGCAGCGGCGAGCAGAUGUUGA